CAUCAGUCCAGAAAGUUUGUAGCAUUUUCGCUUGCGGCAACUCACAACGACUGGCAAAGUGUGGCAUUGUUCUUGCCCCAGCAUUUGAAAUAUUGGGAAAGGACUCACGUUGGCGUUAGCAGAUACAGGUAGCGGUAGUGGCAAAAUCAAAAAUUUGGAAAUUUUGGAAAAAUCAAUUGAAGCGAAAGUGAAAGUCGUAAAAAAUCAGUUGAAACUAAGAAUUAAAUUUUUAAAAUUAGAAACUAUGGUUGAAUGCGAAAAGCUUUGCUGCAGCCAACAUUAACAUUAGUCAGAGUGUACCCUAUACAAUUUAAUGCAAUACGUGCAGCUGGCUUGUGCUGAUUCAAUUCGACUCCCUUGUUACGCAGGCUCGUCGGCUGUGCUUUUGUAGUGUAUUCUGCCAAUUGAAAGUGAACGUUAAACGUUGGUGGACGUGAGAAAUUGUUGUGUUGGUUAUAAUUUAGCAGAACCGUUUGUAUUCAUAAAUUAUAAUUGAGGCUGCAUAUCUUUAGGGGUAUCGUAAAAGGAAAAAAAAGAAGCCAUAUAGAAAGGAGCAUCACAGCUUUUUUCUGUGCGAUUUGCUUUUAUUAGUGCGUGUGUGUGUUACAAACGGCUUCAAAAUUAACUAUUCAAAGUACCAUCACAACGCUAUGUCCUUGUCGGCCAUAGCAAAGCCAAUACUUUAUUCGUAUUGGCGCAGCUCCUGCUCAUGGCGGGUGCGAAUCGCUCUCAAUUUGAAGGAGAUACCAUAUGACAUCAAACCCAUCAGCUUAAUCAAGUCGGGAGGUGAACAGCAUUGCAAUGAAUAUCGUGAGGUAAAUCCGAUGGAGCAGGUGCCGGCACUGCAGAUAGAUGGUCACACACUCAUAGAGUCGGUAGCUAUUAUGCACUACUUGGAAGAGACGCGCCCCCAACGCCCAUUGUUGCCACAGGAUGUUCACAAACGUGCAAAAGUGCGUGAAAUCGUCGAAAUCAUCUGUUCAGGUAUACAGCCGUUGCAAAAUCUAAUUGUGCUCAUUCAUGUCGGUGAGGAGAAGAAAAAGGAAUGGGCACAACAUUGGAUAACACGCGGUUUCCGCGCUGUCGAAAAAGCAUUAUCCACCUCGGCUGGCAAGUACUGCGUGGGCGAUGAAAUUUCCAUGGCUGAUUGUUGCCUGGUGCCACAGGUCUUCAAUGCAAGAAGAUUUCAUGUCGAUCUACGCCCAUACCCUAUCAUUUUGCGCAUCGAUCGUGAACUGGAAGCUAAUCCCGCUUUUCGCGCUGCCCAUCCCUCCAACCAACCUGACUGUCCACCGGAAUUGCCAAACAAAUAGAAUUUUCCGUCAACAACUGCAAAGCGCCGCAAAACUAAAAAGUGAUCGCGAAUAGCACAACAACAACAAUAGCAGCAAUAAAAUAUAAACACAAACGCAACACGAGGGCGAAAUAUAAGGAUUUAAUGCAAAUGUGGCCGUUUCAAGCAGUUGAACCAAACUGAAAAAUUAAAAAAAUAAUUUUGCUCGAUGGUGGGAAAUUCAGUAGAGAAAGUAAAAGAAAAAUAAAGCAAAACAAAUGAAAGAAAAUGUUAAAUAAGCCAUUGUGAAAAUAUGACAACUUAGAAUUGAAACAAAUUGGAUAAAGAUUUAAAAAGAUUAGUAGCAAGAGCCCUUAAAGUGGUCAACGCUCUUCUCUUUUAAAACAAAAAAUAAAUCUUAAAAAUUGUGAAAGUAAAACUGAAAGAAAUUAAUUGUGAAAGCUGAUUAAUCAUUUAGAAAGUGAAAAAGCAUUAAAAAAUUUAAAAUAUUUGGCAACCAUUGUGAAAACUAUCUAAAAGAUAUUAGAUUACACAUACACAUACACAUCCCUACACAAAUAUACUACCUUUAAGCGCCAAUCAUUACUUUUAAUAAAGUAUUCUUAAAAAAAAACG